AUGUCUUCACACUAUAUACCCACCUGGUCAACUCAAGCUUGCACGAAGAUUGGCUCAACACACCUGCAUCCCCUCCACACCCAACCUGAUUCCCCCAUCCACACCCAACCUGAUUCCCCCAUCCACAACCAACAUGAUUCCCUCAUCCACCUUCCGACCCAAGUCACUGCAAAGUCCACUCAUCAAACCACUGCAGACAGGUCGCAAAGUCAUAUGCCACCCCGUCCGUCCAUCUACACCAGCGCUACUUCUGAGCGGCGUGCUCUGCGAAAUCGGGAACGGGAUCCUGAUUGGGUUCCACGGCCACCGAAUGCGUUCAUCAUCUUCCGCGCCGAGUAUUCGCGCAGGCAUGCUCAAGCAAACAAGGGUGGAGAGUCUACAACAGAGAAGACAUUGUCCAAACGCGCGGCCGAGGCGUGGAAAACCCUCACCGCCGAGCAUAAACAGCCCUACAAGAUACGGGCAGAGCUGGAGCGCCAGGAACACGCGAAGAAGCACCCCGAUUACAGAUACAAGCCGCGUCGACGAGCCGCAGACUUACAGAAGGGCCUUGGAUCGAUGACCCGUCGCGAGCAGGUAGAACUGUUCGUGGAGCGAACGAUCAGUCGUACAAGCAGCCUCUCGGAGUGCGACGAUGCUUCCUGCGACUAUAUGAGCCCGUCGAGCCCGACCAGCUUGACGUCUUCGUCGUCUCCGGAGCCGCCAGAGACACCCUUGCGAGACAGCAGCCCCGUGAUCCCACUCCGCGACGAACCGCGAUCGUCGUCCAUGCCCCCCGCACACAACCUCCCUACGUACACCCACUACCAUGAUUCUUCAGUUUUGUCGCUGGAGCGCUGCGUAUCAACGCCUAGUCUCGGUUCGAGUGCGUUUGCCACGGCGGACAGCAAUGUGGAUAAUUCCAUUGCCCUUUCUUCGUCGUUUAUAGAAGCCGAUAGCGUUCCUUGGGCUGCUGAAUAUCCGGAUCCCAGUUGCAAUAUGUUAGCGGGUAUACCAGACAGUUCAAUUCCUUCGUCGUUUGCAUUCCAGGUCGAUAAUGCGCAGGACAAUUUGUCGUUUGAAACUUCCAGCGAGACAGCAGUAGAAGUUCCAGUGACAUAUGGCAUCCACCCAUCCAUGUUAAUGGCGCGCGCGUCGACCUCCGGCGGCUCGUGCCCACCAUCAGGAAGCGGACCCUUGUCCCAUCGUCGACGCCGAGCAGCGACCGCGUCAGGCACAUUUCCGUCCCCUCUGACUGCCGUCACAUCGUCCCUCGCAGGAUGGAACGGCUCGAUAGCCUCCGUUACCACAGCGAACCCAGAUGUCUAUCCAGAGACACCAUGUUGUUCGCCCAUCUCCGUACCAGGGUACACGGGCGACCCGAACGUAGCGCUGUGGCAGAACCAAGCGUCCAGUUCGAGCAGCCUAAUUCCUCCCGUCGCCGAGUUUGACUUGGAUCGCACGCCUCGAUACGCGGACUUCCCGCAGAGCGUGCACGGCGCAUAUAUGCUUCCUGGUGCACUCCCUCCGGCAGCGGGUACAGACCCCACUCUGAACCCCUAUAAUAUGGGACAGAUGCUGGGUGAGGGGACUUCAAGUGCUGGCGCAUUGGACGGCACAGAUGCGAACUAUAAGGCGUACACACAGGGGUUACUGGAUCUUGGCAUCGAGCCGACGAUGUACACCAUGUCGCCAUUCGAGGAGCUCGACCUCAGCGAAUUUUUCGACUUUAACAACUGA